CGGGAGCUGUAGUUUUUCACUCAGAGCAGCGCGUAUCCAGCGCUGGCGGGGCGGGGAUUGCCUGCUUGUGUAGCGUCGGGAUCGUUUGGCUUCUGAAAUAAAAUACGAAAACCGUGGCGUAGUCUGUGCCCUGGAACUGAAGGAAUAGUUCUGGACAAUACAGAGUGUGUGAAAUGAGUCAUCACAGCAUUUUGCUCCAAUUUCUACCAUUGGCAACAUGACUGUAUAUUUUUCAGUAAUAACAUCUGCAGUUCAUUCCCUGGCUAACAAAGCAAAUAAAAAGUCUGUUCUGAAAUGAUAGAUUUGAGUUAAACAGGCAUAUUUGCAGAUUCCUCAGACAAAUUUCUGGAGCCACAAUCUAAAUACCUGCUAGACUGAAGGAAAGAAAAAACCUAAGAAAUAAGCAGAAGAAAGAUUAUAUGAUUGCAUAGCUUGGAAGUACUUCUUCCUCUGAAUUGAAUCAAAGGACAAGAAUAUUCUUCUUUGCUCUUGCACUGAGAUCUUCAGCAAGUCACCUGUCUACCAUAUACUCUUCCACACAGCAGAGCUUAAUUCAUAUUUGAGAGGAUGAAAUCUGUGGAAAUUUAUAGAACUUCAUGGAACUGCACAUCAUUGGAAUGAAGGAAGAGGAGUAAAAUAUCGAAGGAAGGCAACAGUGAGAGAGAGAAAACUUGUCAGUAGAGCAGCCUUGGAAAAAAGAAGUGCUGUAUUAGGCACAGAAUUAUCAUCUUCUCCUUCUUAUGUCGCAAUCAGUCUUGAGAACUGCAGUUCCUCAGUAACAUUCCUGCCCACUGACUCAUAGCAGAUGUAAGCCUCAGCACUACAAAAUUUAAUAGCAAAAACAAUCACAGUCUGGGAAGGGAUCUGGAAUUCUUUGCAUCAGCUUAAGAAGAUUUAACAACUUUGAGUUCUUUCCAGAGGAUAAAGCUUCGAAAGAAUGAAGAUUUUGAUAGUGAUUGAUUUUCUACUUGCAGCUAGCUUGACAUCUCGCACUAUGAGUUCUGAUCUACAGAACUGUUUUCAAGAGCAGAUACGACUUAAGGCCCAGGUGAGACUUCUGGAACAUCGUGUGAAACAGCAGCAGUUAAAAAUUAUACAGCUUUUAGAGAAGAAAGAGAUGCAGUACAGUGACAGAGGAGAUGAAAACAGUGUCAUUGACUUGGGAGGAAAAAGACAGUAUUCAGACUGUGCAGAAAUCUACAGUGAUGGCCAUAAACGAAGUGGAUUUUAUAAGAUGAAACCUAUCCAGAGUCCUAAUGAAUUCCUGGCCUUCUGUGACAUGUCUGAAGGGGGUGGUUGGACUGUUUUUCAGAGACGUUCUGAUGGUAGCCAGAAUUUCAAUAGAGGCUGGACGGACUAUGAAGAAGGCUUUGGAAAUUUUGUUUUGACAAAUGGUGAAUAUUGGCUUGGAAAUAAAAAUCUUCAUUACUUGACUAAUCAAGGAAACUAUACUUUAAGAAUCGAUCUAAGUGAUUUUGAAGGAGAACGGCGUUAUGCACAAUAUACAAGAUUUGGAGUUGCAGAUGAAGAGCAUUCCUAUCAGAUGAGCUGUGGCGAAUACUCUGGUACAGCUGGUGAUUCCCUAACUGGGGGUUUUCAUCCUGAAGUAAAAUGGUGGGCUGAUCAUCGAGGAAUGAAAUUCAGUACUAGAGACAGGGACAAUGACAACUAUGAAGGCAACUGUGCUGAAGAGGAAAAGGCUGGUUGGUGGUUUAACAGGUGUCACUCAGCCAACUUGAAUGGUUUGUACUACAAAGGUCCCUAUACUGCCAAGACAGACAAUGGAAUUGUUUGGUACACAUGGCAUGGGUGGUGGUAUUCUCUGAAAUCUGUUGUAAUGAAGGUCAGACCAGCACACUUUGAGCCUAAUAUUGUUUGAUUAUUUUAUUAAGAUGAUUUAGCAAAAUCCAAAGUAAAACAGAUGGGCAGAUUUUUGCUUCUGAUCUAUGCCUAUAUAAGUCUAGAAUAAUUCCUCUGUAAUUAAUAGUUUUCUGAGAUGUAAAUGGGAAGAUAAUGUGGCUUAUGAAUCCCUACAUACAAGUACUACUGCUAACAUGUCCACAGGAUUAUUUUUUCAAGGCAGUUUGCCUAGGAAAAAGGAUAUCUUUAUCGACAUGGAGAUUUUUUUUUUCUUGAAAGGUAACUAGAAAUCCUUUUACUUGUAUAGAAGAAAUGUAUUGUCAUUGUUAUUUCUCAAAAAUUAAAAUGAAUUGUAUUGCAUCCAAAAAAGACAAUUUAAUAGAACCUUAAGUUUCGUUUCCUUGUGGAAAUUGUUUCUUUAAAACAAAUCAAGGCUUUAGAAGAAACUGGUUGUCUGUAAAUUUAUUUGUUGCAGGUGUUUUGUACAUAGCACACAUAAAAAGAAUAAAGAAUGAGGCAGGAAACUGGAGGAAAAGAAGGGAUGCCAUCGGGCAAGAAUCAGUUGAAUUUGUAGAGAUGGUCAUAUCACUUCAAUCUAACAUUUUUAGAUGGUUAGUAAUUAUGCCAUUCUUCUUUUUGGUAACCAGAUAGAUAUUGUGGACAUUAAUAUAUUAACAUCUUUACCAAAAGGCUGUGACUAUUUUUAAUGUAAGCUAUGCUUUGAGUGUAGACCAUUGUGAUGCAUAUAUAGAGGGAAUUAUGUUUCACAUGCUAUCUAAAAUCUGGCAUUUAAAGGUUCUUAGUGCUUGACUCCAUAAAACCUUUCUUUCGUUAUGUAUUUGUUAAUCUCCACAACUCUCAGUUUGAAUGCCCUUUUCAGUCACUUCAAGUUUUUAUGCCUACAAUCCUCUCCUUUUUCUCAGUUCUUCUCUCGGCUAUCUGGGCCUUUUCUGUUCUCAAGUUACAGAUCCAUGCUUUCUUCGUAUAACAAAAAUCGUAAGAGAAACUUCUCCUAGCUAUAGCUUUGGUGCCUAGCACCACAACAGACUGUAGUAGGCAGUAAUAACAAAAAUAACUGAUCAAUGUUUGCUGCCGUGGAGAAGGGCAGGUACAUUCUCUAGAGAGCUACCUGAUGAAAUGUAAUUCUGUGUCUGACUGGAAGGCAGCCUGGCCUAUGUGUGCAUAUAUAUGUGCAUAUAUAGAUAAGCAUAUAUUCAGCAUUCUAUAUUAAAUCAUAAUUUUCAAAUCAUACUGCUCUAAGAGGAGAAAGAUUUAACUCCUUGCAAAACCAGGGAUGACAUUAUGUAGAAAACAUAGCAACUCCCAAAUAGCUGAAAAUGAAUAAAUACCACUUGAUAUAAAUCUUAUAACCCUAAAGAAAAGGAGCGAGAAGCAAGAAUAUAACAAGGAAAAUAUUUUGUCAGUGGUGAUUUAAUAACAAACGUAAUCAUAGCUACCAGCAAUGUGUGAUCAGAAGUGCAUCUUCUUGUAAUAUUUGUUCAAGAGAAACAAUUAUAUUUUCAAUUGUCUAUCUCUGUUUCCUUCGAUUUGCUAAACAUUUUGGAGAGGAAAACAAUGGAAACUGUAACCUCAAGAGAAUUAAAUGAAUGGUUAAAGACCCUUUUAUGCUAUAGCACUUGUUUUUGAAUGUCCAGUAUGCACUGACAAAGAGCUGAAGCACUAAAAUCUGGCUUACUUAUUUCCAGUGGAAACUUCUCUUCAGCUACACUGCCUGCAUUCCCAAAACCUUUAUUCCUAACACCAAUUCUUGAACAUCCUUGUUUAAGUAUAACAUUACUCUGUCAAAGCUACUUUUCAUUGCUUUUAGAAAAAUGUUAUGCUCAGAAAGAUAAAUCAAACUACUACUUGCUACAAUUAUUGUGUUCCUUUAAUUCUCAUUAGAUAAAAAAGAAUGAAAAAAUUAAGUUUUUAUACCCUCUUUUUCUUUUUUCUUAGCUUCAGCUGUAAGUUUUCUUUGGCAGUUGUGAAAGAAGUAGUAAGAGCAGGGAAAGUAUCCAGGGAAGUAUGCUGUAUCUAGAUUUUCCAAAGUUUCCACUUGUUUCUGUAUUGUUUUGUUUUAAUUGCUUAGGAAGCAAAAAACAGAGCUAUUAAAAACUAGGGUUUUCCUCAGGGUACGUCUGAGAACUGGGAAAUUGUGUUUCAAGCAUUCAGCCAAACUCCAUAUGCAAUAGAGAGAGAAUUUAAAUGUACAAAGAGAAACAUUACAAUGUUUGUUCAUCCUCUCUUCAUAAUAAGUGUAGGUAAAACUUUACAGUGACGAUGGCUUGAAAACAUAGUAUUUCAUCCAAAAUCAUCCUUUCCAAGUCCCUGUGGACCAUUUCAACCUUUGUUUAGUGCAGGAUGAAAGCCAGCCUGUCACUGCUACGUGUUCAGUUAACUAAGGCAGUUCUCUUAAUCCAACCCUAGUGCUAAACAGAUUGCAUCAGAAACAUAACAUUGACAUCCAAAUAUUGGUUAAACAACCCGGGGGCCAAAUUCAUGUUUAUGGUUGCUUGCAAAAGAACUCAAACACAGCCCUUGCAAAAAAAAAACAAAAAAAAAACCACCCAAAAUAAAACAACCCUGUAGCUCACUCUUCUGUCCUUCCUCACCCAUUCAUAGUAAUUGCAUGUUUCUUUUGCCUCCAUCCUAUUGAUUCUAAACUUCCUUUAUUUCUUCCUUUCUUAAUGAUGAUCAAGUAUUUAAUCUCGCCUGUUAGUCAUGACUUGCAUACACAAUUGGUGAAUACCUGGGCUUAAGGAACCUGGGUAACUCUGAGGUUCUCCAGAAGCUGAGCAAAGGCUUUGAGGUGCUAAAUGGGGCACCUAAGGAAUCUAAAAUGACACGUCUCUAAAACAUUGUGGGAAUCCAUGUCCAGCCUGGUUUAUAACUAGAUUGGACAGUACUUAUUGUAAUGAGAGUAUCACCCAGCACUGUGGGCAUGAAGAUAAGCAGAUUCCUCUUAGAAAUAUGUGGCUCUCACAAAUGAUUACCUGAAUUUCAUUGCUUCCAAUUUUGUUGUCCUGAGCUGAAGGUCCCGAGUAAUUAUAUUGCCACAAGAGCCACAGGGCUGCCUCUUUCUUCAACAUGAUGGUCCAUAAUAAAUUAGCUAAACAAAGACAAAUGACAGUAGAAAGACUUUUAUGUUAGUGAUAUCCUGCACUAGAUGGUGCUCUGUACAUGUUGUAUUUUCUUAGGUAAUACUACAUUUGUAAACUAGUGCUAACAUUUGUCCCCAUUAAGUUAUGUAAAUAAUUAAAUUACAGAAAAACAAAUAAAAAAUGUUUAAGUAAA